CGAUUAGCAAUACUUUAGCUGUGCCACGUUUGAGAGUUUAUUAGAUUUCUCUUGUUAAGUUAAUUUGUUUAGAUUUACUAAUUAAGUGAUUGAUUAAUUAUGGGAAAAGGUGGUGAUUCCAAACCAAAAGGACGAAUGUCCGCUUAUGCUUAUUUUUUCCAAAACUGUCGAGAAGAAGGUAAAAAGAAACAUCCAUCAGAACCUGUGGUGUUUGCUGAAUUCUCAAGAGAAUGUGCUGAUAAAUGGAAGAAUAUGGAUGAAAAAGAGAAACAACAAUUCCAAACCUUGUCAGACAAAGACAAGAAACGUUUCCAAACUGAAAUGGCUGAUUACAAACCUAUUGAUACCGAGAAAAAUGGUAAGAAAAGGAAACGAGCAAAGGAUCCACAUGCACCUAAACGAGCACUUUCAGCAUUUUUCUGGUUCUGUAAUGAUGAAAGGGCAAAGGUCAAAGAAACUAUGCCGGAUUCUAGUAUUGGCGAAGUAGCUAAGGAACUAGGAAAACGCUGGGGAGUCAUCAGUGAAAAGGAAAAGUCUAAAUAUGGAGCUCUUGCUGCUAAAGAUAAAGCAAGAUAUGAAAAGGAAUCUAAUGCUUAUAAAAAUAAGAAGACCAAAGCACCGACGGCUAAGGGAGCCAAGAAAGAUGAUUCUGACGACGAUGAUGAAAUAGAGGAAGAAGAGGAAGAAGAGGAGUCAGAGUAAAUUCUGUUUCCGCUGUUCUCCUUCGAUGGUAUGAUUCUUUUAUCGGCCACUUUCUGGAAGCAAAUAGUGAUUUCAUCGGCCAUUCAAGUUCUAUCAUCACUUGAUGUGUUUAUCGGAUCACUUUUUCAUAUAUUUGCAACCUUGUCGGUAUUUGAGCUGUCAUAAAAUUAGUCUUAAUUUCUUCCCCAACUAAUUGGUUUUGUUUUUGCGUUAUAAAGCUUACAAACAUCACCAUACACACAGACACAUGGACAAGACUAAACAAUCAUCCAAACUGGAUCAGUGACAGUGUUUUCAUUAUUUUGGUCUAAUCAUCAAAUUCUUUUUGUCUCAAACUUUGAACUUUUUCCAUCACCAUCUUUUUUUCUCCUUUCGGCCCUUUAUCAUUUCGAUUAAAUUGUAAUCAUUUUUAACACAAAUUUCGAAGCCGAACACCAAAAGUAAUGUUGAUUCACUUCUCAUACUUCAUCUGUUGAACCAAAUCGAAUCUUACAUCAAAAUCGAUUGAUUUGUGUCUUAAAGCCAAGUAAAGAAAUAAUAAAACUAAAUUUGAAUCACCAAUUAACAAAA